UUGUCACACUCAAAACUGACCCCCUCAAUGGGAAGAGGGCUUCCUGCCGAUAGGGGACUUCGCUAGUCGGCGAAGCUUUGGAACAAUUCGCUGUUGGAAGUGCGUUUAUGAAGUUGUCAUUUUGCGGUGGGUUGGCCAGUUAACAGAGCCGAGGUUGUCUAAAGUAUUUCGUAGAGUAUUUAAGGGCAUUAUUAUCAUUAUUAUAUUCGCUACAUCAACACGCAACAAUUUCAUGAAGGCGAGCAGCUGCGGUCCCGGCUGGUUGGGAUAGCACGUUCUCGGCAGAAGGCGGAUUAUUCGGCCUGUUCGUAUGAAAGUUAAUUGCUAACUAACCCAGGUUAGCUGAAUUAUGUCAACGUCGUCUUUGGACAAAGAACUGCAAGAGCGGUUAAGAGAGGCAAGUGCCAUCGGGGACAUUGACGAAGUCCGGACUCUAGUGGAGAGCGGAGUCAACAUCAACUCUCAGAACGAAAUCAACGGAUGGACGUGUUUGCAUUGGGCAUGCAAAAGAAACCACAAACACAUAGUAGCAUAUCUUUUGAAUUCUGGAGCUGACAAGGAAAUCCUCACUGCAAAAGAUGAGUUAGCUGUUCAGUUAACCUCCAAACCUGAAAUCAGAAGAUUGCUAGGAGUGGAGGAGGAGGAGGAGGAUGUGCCUGAGCUGAAGGAACCAGAGCUGCCAAUCAUUCCAAAUUAUCUGUCCAACCCUCCUUUUUUGUAUGGCAAGAUGGAUAAGGAUGAGUUGAAUCUAGCACGACAUGUUUCUCAGAAUGGCACCAGCGACCAUUCAGAGUCUGUAGACUCUGAGCCAGCCACCCUGUCUCCGACACAAGAGCAGCAGCAACCUCCACAGCAACAGCAGCUGCCUCAGAGCCUGUAUGCAGAAUCCCAGAGCCAGCAAGCAGUGUCCUAUAUUUCUGUGGUGGAGCAGAAUGGCAUUGUGCCAAGCCCUGUGGUUAACAGGUCCCUGUCCAUGGAGGUGUCCCCCGAGGCCCACCACGGCAACCAUAGUGAAUUUACCCAUAAUCACACCAUUGCCCAGAAUGGCCCUGUGUGCCCCCCGCUACCCUCACCAGGUGCAGGCACAAACCAGGCCUCUGUCUCCAACCCCACCGUUACCCGACAACAGUCUUUGCCCCAGCAGCUAAACUGCUCACAGCCUGGAGGCUCUAUGCCUGCCUUCCAGCCCUUCUUUUUCACCAGCACUUUCCCCGUCAAUGUGCAGGAGCUGGUCCUGAAAGUGCGGAUCCAGAACCCUCAUGCAAGAGAAAAUGAUUUCAUCGAAGUGGAGCUAGACCGACAGGAGUUGACAUACCGGGCACUGCUGCGUGUCUGUUGCCGCGAGCUGGACAUCAGUGCCGAACAUGUGGAGAAAAUUCGCAAGCUUCCCAACACCAUGCUCAGAAAGGACAAAGAUGUGGCUCGACUACAAGAUUUUCAGGAGCUGGAAGUUGUGUUGGAGAAGGCAGAAGGUUUGUCUCUGUUCUCUGGAGGCCCAGGGGGGCUGACGGAUAGGCCCUGCUACAACAUGAAGGCAUCCAGGCUGACUUACUAGCUCCCUGCACCAGGCCCAGGAAGAGGUGGACUGACCUGUUCCCCAUCUGGGGAUUCUAGCCCUAAAAGCCCAAUUCAUAGUUAGUUUCAGUACUUAAAUAAUAUGCCAUUCUUCCAUUUUCCUCCUCAUUGUAUACAUUAAAUUAGCCAUAUACCUUCUCCACCCAAACUUGUGGACCUUGCCCAAUGCAUGUUUGCUGCAACUGUUUAAAGAACUGUUUGAGGGGCAUCUCCUGCACCACAGUUACUUUUGGUUAGUUUUGCUUCAUGUCAGAAAAGUAUACAGGUUUGAGCAGGAGUCUUUCAUGGAUCAUGGGUUCAUGCUGUAGUAUCCAUUGUUUUUGAAUAUUCAAAUUUUGAAAGUAUUCAAAACCAUCACGUCACUGGCUGUUGAGCUAUGUAAAGUAUUGCGAUCUGACUAAUUGCUGUUUGUGCUUAUCAGGCCACCAUGUGGUUUGCACACAGCUCACAUGGAAAGGCAGACGUUAACCUGUACCAGCACUUCUUGUUAGCUUUUUAUUUAUUCUUUAGUCACCUUGUCGACGUGCAUUUACACAGUCCUCCCACUAGAGGCUAAUUUACCUUAUUGUUUGCAUUGGCAAAGCACAUUGCAAAUUGGUGGGGAAGGAAAGGCGUUCGACAAGGAAAGGGGUGAGGAAAGUCCUUUUUAAAGUGUGUAGUUGCAUGUUUCACUUAUGCUAAUGGAAGCUUCAGGUUGAACUUCAAAUGGAGGAUUUUUUUAUGUGCGUUUGCCAGACAGUUCCCUGUGCACUUUACAAACAACAACAAAACAGUUACUUGUAAUGCAUGGGGCUUCAUACUUUAGGUUGUUUUAUAAUACAACAGUGCUGUGCUGACUAUAUCAAUGCCUUUGCUGCUCCUUCAGUCUCUGUAAGCCAAGCCAAAAACUAGUGGAAAUGUUAAACGGAACUGUUUGUUCUAAACCGUGUUGUCACAAUCUUGUUUAAAAAAAAAAAAAAAAAAAAAAUGUCCCUUGUUCCUUCUGUAGUGAAUAAUGUAGCAAAACCUAUUUUAUUAUUCCUUUUUUAUUGUAAGGGUUGAAAGAUAAGCUCAAGAACACAGUUAAUUCAUGCGAGCUUCCAUGAACGUUCUUUGGAUAAGUUUUGCAUAUUUUGUUUGUUUCUAGGAAGCAGAAUUCAUACAUUGGUUGAAUGAUUGUUUUUGCAGCACCACCACUUAGUAAUUUGCAACAGUUGUUUUUGUCUGAAUAAAACUUGUUAACGGCUCAUAAACAAUGUAAAGUGCUCACGCAGAUAAGGAGGUUGCUUCGUUGUAUGAGCUGUUUCACAAACACUUUUUUGUUCUGUGUACAAAUAUAAAUUGGGCUUAAUUGCGUAUAAUGUGGAGACAUAGAUGCUGGUUCUGCAUAGAUUUUACAUUGCUUGAGACUGUUCAUUUAAACACACUAAAUUGUAAAGUGGUCUAAAUAUAUCGUUCUUUUGUAACACUUUAAAUUACCUUAAUAUAAAAAUGUGAAUAGCAAUGCAGAAACUCUUGACCUUUCACCAUCCCCUUACAUACUAUAUUGCUGUAUAAUAUAGAUAGUUCUAUAUAAUCAGUAUAAAACUAUCUAUGAACUAUAGUUUUUUUAAAUCUUAUUUUAUAAAUUAGAUAAUUUUCAUAGCUGGACUUGUGUGAGGACGGGAGGAAAAGAUAAGAGUACACUACAGCUGAAAUGAAACUAAGCCCUUACUUAUCUGUCUGUCUGCAGAUGUGUCUUUCUGUAUGUCUUAACCUAGAAUGACAAGGUAAACUGAAGGCUCAUAGCAAACUGAAUUGAUUGAACAUGUUCAUCAGCAGUAUUCUAUUUCUCUGCUCUUUAAAUUGUUUUAAAUGAAUUGGCUCCUUUUCUUUUAACUGUGGAUUUUUCGCAAGGGGCUUGGUGGAGGAAGCUGGACAACGAAAAGUGCACUUGAUUGAAAUGGUUCCAAAGCUACUGGCUGGUGUAAGACAGAAAUUCUUUGUGAAAAACUCUUAACAGUGUACUUACUGAUCAUGUCCUAGAAGAUGAAUACAGUUUGACUUAACCUAUGCAUCCAGA